UAGCAAUGGUAUUUAUUCAAUCGCAAACGUAUCUAAAAUGUUCAUAAAAACAAAGUACCUCAUGUGUGCAUUAGUGUGCUUAACAUUGUAUUUCAUUAUACUUCAGUUGCUGUUGUUGUUUGAGAGACGGAGCAAAACGAAAUAUAUUCUCUUAUAUGGGAAUUACUGGCGUAAUACAGACAAUGGUAAAACAAUAUUUUUGGAAAAUGAUUGUCCAGUAAACAAUUGCUACAUAACAGUCGUAGAAUCAUUACUCCCAAGCAUUUCAUACUUCGAUGCGAUCCUAUUUGAAGGUAAAGAAAUAUUCGUAAAGUUUCAAAAACCGAGAACCAGAUCACGACAUCAAAAGUAUAUUUUCUAUACUUUAGAAUCACCUGUAUCCUACCCUUUAUAUUCCGAACGAUAUAACGGAGUAUUCAACUGGACUAUGACACCGAAACUAAACUCCGAUUUAUAUAACGGGUACAUGAUAAUUAAAAACAAAGAAGGUGAAAUAAUUGGGCCGAAAGACAUCAUGCAUUGGUUAAAACCAGAAGAAAUGGAGCCUAUAGAUAAACGACUUAUAAAUGUUUUAAAAAAGAAAAAGUAUGCAGUUGCAUGGUUCGUGUCGAAUUGUGACGCGCGAAACAAAAGGAGCGAUAUUGCUUUGCUAUUGCAAGGAACUCUAAAAAAAAAAAAUUUGGAUCUUCACAUCUAUGGCCCUUGCAUAUGGGGGAGUGGCAUGAAUUGUUCGUAUGAUGAUGAACUGCACUGUCUACGUUUAUUGAGGAACAAAUACUACUUCUACUUGUCCUUCGAGAACUCUCUUAGUGAGGAUUAUGUGACGGAGAAGUUAUUGCAUCCGCUGCGGUUUCAUACUGUUCCUAUAGUGUAUGGGGGUGCUAACUAUACGAGAUUCGUACCAGACGGUGCAUACUUGAACGUUAGAACCCUUGGAAUCAAUACUCUGGUAAAAAAAAUAGUAGCAGCAAUUCAUGAUCCGAAUAUCUACCACGACUACUUUAAAUGGACCAAUCACUACUCCUACCAUCAUCCGGUUGAAUCACCCGAAACUGACCCUUAUUGCGUCCUAUGUAAAGCUCUAAAUGAUGAUCACUUAGUAAAAAAAACAAGUAUGUAUGAAAAAUUUACAAAAUGGUGGAAUGCAAAAACUUGUGAGGAUGGCGUUAGAUAUAUUGACAAGAUAUCUGAUAUACCUGAUGAUUAUAUUCAAGUGCGAUGUAAUACUGAUGAACAAUCUUACUAGUAUAUGUUUAUGUGUUUGUAUGUAUGUACAUAUGUUUGCUAAAGGAAUGGCGAUGAAAUUUGGAACAAGGGUAGAUUAUUGUCUGGAAUAAUACAUAGGAUACUAAUAGUACUCAAUAAAGUCAAUAGUAUUCAAGUGUAUUUCUUAAUUUUCACAACAUUUUACGAGUAGCGUUUUUUC